AAUCCCCAAGGGAGACAUUGACGAAGUUAUUCAUUUUGAACAGACAGAGAAAGAACACAUUGUCGUUAUCUGUAAUGGUCAUUACUACAUGGUACCAGUCAUAAACCAUGGAAAACUACUCUCCUGUCUGGACCUUGAAAGCCAAUUUGAUUGGAUAAUAGCUGAUGCACAACACUCUAAUGAUUCAUUUAUCGUACCUAUAAUGAAGAAGGCAGAUGUGUACCUAUAGGAGGGGCUCACAAGAGUGCUAACAUUAGGACCCAUAACCUACAAAGACCCUCCAGACUGUACUUUGACAUGACUCCUCCCUUGGCCAGCAGCAUUGAACAUGCUCUGGAGUUUGCCCGAGCGAACAAUGCCGACCUUCAACACAAAGUCGUAACCCAUGAUGUAUUUGGAAAAGGAUUCAUCAAAACCAUUAAAACGAGUCCAGAUGCAUUUAUCCAGCUGGCACUACAAUUGGCCUACUACAAGGAUUCUGAUGGAAAACAUCCCUUGACGUAUGAAGCAUCCAUGACUAGGAUGUAUCUGCAGGGAAGAACUGAAACUGUUCGCAGCCUAACACAAGAGGCAAAAGAUUUCGUCAGGUCCUUCAUGGACAAGAGUGUCCCACGAGAAGAGGUGAAAAAGCUGUUCAAGAAAGCUGCUGAUCGGCAUGCUAGAAAUUACAAAGACUGUAUGAAUGGCAAAGGCAUUGACAGACACUUGUUUGCUUUGUACAUUGUCAGCAAGGGACAGGGAACUGAAAGUGAGUUUUUGAAGAAGGCUCUUACUUUACCCUGGACAUUAUCAACCAGUCAACAACCACAGCAACAGAUGGUAGCUGAGCACUUUAGUAUAGCAGAACCAGAGCUCAUGCACAUGAUCUCCCCUGGUGGGGGUUUUGGUCCAGUAACUGAUGAYGGGUAUGGAGUCUCUUACAUGGUACCAGACGACAACAAGAUCUUUUUCCAUGUCUCGUCAAAAUUCUCCUCCAAGUUAACUAACAGUGACAGAUUUGUUAAUAAUCUGUUUGAGAGCAUGGCUGAAAUGAAGGCCUUGUUUGAGAAUAAUCCUURGGCUAUAAAAUAAUUCUCACGACAAAACUAAAACGACAUGAGACAAGGAUUUGCUUGCUUUUGCAGGCUCGUUGCCUAAUAUGCAUACUUCAGUCU